AUGUCAUCCAAAUCAAAACCCGCCCAGGCAGCCGCCCCAAACGACCAGCGACCAGCAAAGCAAUCCGGAGGCGUAAAGAAUGCCUACCUCGUUGCUUACAACGCUGUUUCCGCAGCACUCUGGACGGGCGUGCUCGUUCAAACCCUUACUGUCGGCAGCCGGGAAAUUAUAACCGCACAAAAAGCCGGCGCUUUCUUCGGCAGUGACGACUGGUUAACUGCGACGAAGAAGGGGUUGGCGAGUGGGAGGGUUUAUGACGAGUUGGAGGUUUAUACUAGGAUGGUGCAGACGCUUGCGGGUAUGGAGGUGUUGCAUAGUCUGUUUGGUAUCGUACGCGCACCCCUCCUCACAACAUUAAUGCAAGUAGCAUCGCGCUACCUCCUCGUCCACCUCGUCGCCUCGCCCCCCGCCUUUCCCACAUCGACCCGGCACUCCCCCGCCUAUAGCACCAUGCUGCUCGCCUGGAGCGUAACAGAAGUGAUCCGGUACUCCUAUUUCGUUUUCUCGCUCUCUGGUCUUGGGGUACCGAAAAUUUGGACUUGGUUGAGAUAUAAUACGUUUCUUGUGCUGUACCCGCUUGGUAUCGCGAGUGAGUGCUGGCUUGUGUACAAGGCUAUUCCGCUAGCAAAGGAGCGGAAUGAGUUGUUUGCGUAUGCGUUUUGGACCGUGUUGGCGGUUUAUGUGCCUGGUAGUUAUGUACUUUUUUCGCAUAUGUUGAGUCAGAGGAGGAAGAUUGCGAGACAGAGUAGGAAGGCUUGA